AUGCUCCCUACGAAUGCUCUCGUAGUCUUCUCCAUGGUGGCGGCGCUCGCCUUUGGAGCUCCACAGGUGGCCGGCUCGAUUCCAGAAGGGGCGGAGGCGAGCGGUGAGGUGAUCACCGUGACUUUGUUCAUGAAUCCAAACUGGGAGGAGCCCUCGCAAGGAUUUACUUACAAUAUUGAUGGUCACCAGUGCUAUAACUUGGUCGGAACCGACUACAACGACCACGUCGGAUCAAUUCAGGUCCCAUCUGGCUAUCGCUGUCGUCUCUGGCAGUCCCACGAUUGCAACCAAAAGAGCACUGGCGAUAUUUGGGCCCCUGGUGCACAAGAAGUUCGUACCGACAUUGGCCUCUCUAGCUUCAAGUGCUACAGAAACUAG